CUUAGGAGCAGCGAACUGGAGUAUGAAAACACCUGUUGCCCAAAUUUCCCCCCCAUGUAGCGAGCAGCAAGGCUAUUUAUUCACAAGAAUAGCUGGCAGGCGGACACCUGGAGCACCUGGAGACAUUGCAAAAUGGGACAUAUGGAGAGGGGUGAUAUUGAGGCGCUGUUUGGUCGUGACCAAUCUGUUGACUAUACUCAAGGCUAUGGGCAUCUUUUAUUCUCGCCCCUGGAAAUGGAAAGUGAUGGCGUCGGGAAGCAUAAAAGUCGAAGAAUAUCCAAGCAGAAGACGAGUGAUGGCCAAAACAACGAACCAAACGGAGACGUCCCCGAAGGGAUGGAAGAUAUUUUUGAACUGUAUAAAGCAAUUCGGGAAGGGGUUGCUGAUGAUGCCCAAAUGCAGCGUGGAAAGCAGCUUUGUAUGACGUCACAAUUUGAUACAAGUCUGCCAAUUGAUGAAAUGAGUGAGGUUAGUACGAGUGAUGGGGAGGAUCAUGAUGAUGAUGAUGAUAUUAUGAUGAUGAUGUUCGCAACGGCGAGAGAGAAGAAGAGGAGCAGGACGAUACUACAGUGGAAAUGGAAGACGCCCCUUCUUCAGCCGCGCUGAUCGAUUUGGGCA